AUGGCAAGAGGUAACACUGGGACGAGGCGCAUAAGGCCGAACAUACUGAUUACGGGGACUCCAGGUACCGGUAAAUCCACGACGGCUGCUGCUCUGGCCGAGGCGACGAAUUUCCGUCAUAUCUGCGUCGGAGAUCUCGUCAAAGAGAAAAACUUGCACGAUGGCUGGGACGAUAAGUUCGAGUCUUACAUCCUCAACGAAGACCUGGUGUGUGAUGAGCUUGAAGAUGUAAUGGUAGCAGGAGGAAACAUUGUGGACUACCACGGCUGCGACUUUUUCCCCGAGCGAUGGUUUGAUGGUGUUGUGGUGCUUCAGACUGAGAACUCCAUCUUGUAUGACCGUUUAACUAAGAGGGGUUAUUCCGGAACCAAGCUUAGUAACAACCUUGAGUGCGAAAUCUUCGGAAUCCUGCUCGAAGAAGCCAAAGAGAGUUACAAAGAGCAUAUUGUCACCUCGCUUCAAAGCGACACAAUCGAAGAUAUCUCUACCAAUGUCGCAAGGUUGACGGAAUGGAUUGGAGCAUGGCGGUCCUGA